AUGGGCGCUACUCACCCUAACGAGUCGCCGAUCCCGUCGCCGCAUCGCCACGAGUCGCAGAAGCGACGUGCGAAUCCGUACAUCGUCGCAGGCGCGUUGCUAGUCGUCGCAUUCCUGGCCGUCCAGUAUAAAUCGUCGCAAUCAUGCGACGCGGAGCUGCAGCUUCAGCGACAGGCUCCCGACGACACACCCAACCGUCUAUCCUCGUUACAGCCAUACUACGCUAAGGCGCAAAGCGAGCUCGAUUCGGAGCUGUGCCGAGCGGAAGCGGCGUACGCGGCGAAUAAGGCGCGUCGCGUGGCGUCGUUUCGCGGUCUCCUGCAGCCGGCCGUGCUGUCCGUUGCUGAUAUGCUGACUAAGGCCAUCGCUCCCAUGUACCCCUGCCCGCGCGAGCAACGGCUGGGCGUGUGGGGGGAAGGCGGAAAGUGGGUGUGCAUGCUGCCAACUGCCUUUCAAACCAAACCCGUUGUGUACAGUGUGGGCAGCAAGGAAAGCUACUCGUUCGAGGAGGAUAUUGCCAAAGCCACGGGCGCCGUACCGCUCACCUUCGACCCAUUCAUUCCCCAAGGGGCGCAGCAACGCAUGCUCGCCCUGCCCUUCCUUCGCUACUUCCCCGAAGGCCUCUCGGGCAGAGUGAAACUUUUGAAGAACAGGAAGAUGUUCCCGAACUACACCUUUUCGACCCUGCCCGAGCUCAUGGCCACGCACACCACAGACUACAUGGAUGUGCUCAAGAUAGACUGCGAGGGGUGUGAGAUUGAGACGUUCCGAGCUCACAACACGGACUACAUGGAUGUUCUCAAGAUAGACUGUGAGGGGUGUGAGAUUGAGAUGAUCCGAGACUUGGAGCAGGCCAUGGGGGGAGAUUCCGGGGCCGGGCUUGUGCGGUUUGGAGGGAAGCUUCCCUUCGGCCAGCUGCUGGUGGAGUUUCACAAGAUCCAUGUUCCUAAAGUCACGCUGCCGCUCAUCUACGCAAUCGAGAAUCUUGGAUACCGUAUUUUCCACAUCGAGAUGAACCCUCUCUGUUCCAAGUGUAUGGAGGUGAGCUUUAUACACGAGAGCCUGGUGCAGCCCUCUAAGGAGGAUGCCUGUUAUGUGGAUGAUGGCAACGGGGUACAGCACUAG